UCACAACAACCAACCAGGCUAUUACUGCACUCAAGCUGUUAAGGGAGAACAAGGACAUGUUUGACCUGGUUAUCAGCGACGUCCAUAUGCCUGAUAUGGACGGCUUCAAGCUCCUCGAGCUCGUUGGGCUUGAAAUGGACCUCCCUGUCAUCAUGUUAUCGGUGAAUGGCGAGACAAAAACUGUACUGAAGGGGAUAACUCAUGGUGCCUGUGACUAUCUCCUAAAACCCGUUCGCAUCGAAGAGCUUCGGAACGUCUGGCAGCAUGUUGUGAGGAGGAAGUUCAGUAACCGUGAAACCAAUAAUAAUCUUGAUUUCUGCAAGGAAUACAGCAAGAAUCCCACCACAGAUUCGUACCAUGGGCUCAGCCAGGUUACCUCUGGGUCCUCUGACCAGGGUAACAGAGCCAGCAAGAAGAGGAAAGAACCACAUAGUGAAGAGGAAGACGAAGGCGACGACAACGAUGCUCACGACAACGAUGAGCCCUCGGGGUCGAAGAAGCCAAGAGUUGUGUGGUCAGUUGAGCUGCAUCGAAAGUUUGUUGCGGCUGUCAACCAUCUCGGAAUUGAUAAAGCUGUACCGAAAAGAAUACUCGACCUUAUGAACGUGGAGAAGCUCACUAGGGAAAAUGUUGCGAGUCAUCUGCAGAAGUACAGGCUAUACCUCAGACGGCUAAGUGUUGUGGCGUCACAGCAAGCUAGCAUUGCUGCUGCUUUUGGAGGUAGAGAUCCCUUUUUGCACAUGGGAGCAUUUGAAGGGAUUCAUAAUUAUCAACCUUUUGCCUCUUCUGCUGGCAUUCCAUCUUUCAAUCCACAUGGACUUCUAAGUGGUGUUGGUGCAGCAGCAUUUGGGCUUGAGGACCUUGCUCCUUCCAAGGCAAUUCAGUGUGCUAGCAGCAAUGGUGCAGUAAGCCAUUGCAUGGGCGAUACAAAUAAGUUCCACAUUGCAAACUUACAAGAAAAAAACCAAGCCAAUUUGGCGCAAGGCUUGACCGCGCCCCUUGUGCAGCCCCAGCUCCAACAGAAGUGGAUCCCUCAAGAAACCAGUGAUCUGUCUUCUUUCUUUUCUGGUAGUGCUCUGGCUAACACAAUGUCGGGCACUCUCCAAAGAGUUACAAGCAGUUCAUUUCCACCAGUAGAGCUUUUGGAGUGCACACAGAUCAAAGUUGGAGCCCAUUCAUCAAUAAGAAUACCAUCUGCAAGUUCAGGACUGCUUGAAAGGUCUGUUGGGCUUUCCCCUAAUUUGCAGGAUUCUAGUAUAUCCCAGCAGUGUGCUAUUCCAAUUGAUGAUGGAUUUUCUGUCAACAAGUUACCAUUACAUAUCCCGUUUGUUGAUGUCAGCACGACAAAACUGGAUGCUAGCUUUGUGGUUCCAGAACAAGAUAUGGACCAAAAGGGGAAGUUUCCAGAAAGAGUGACAGUUCUCCCUUAUGAGAGCCUUAUAGCAGCUGACCGGAGCAAGUGUGGAACUCGUUCUUCUGGCAGUACAAUGCUGCUUCUUUCUGAUACCGGGAGACAUUCAAAAUACUUAAAGUUUGGAGUUGCAAGCAAUUCUAGACAUGGAAUGGAUGAAAUGGUUAAUGGAAGUUUUAACUACAAUGGUGGUGCCAGUGUGCCUGAACAGAAUGAUGUGUAUGAUUUCGGAAUCUCAAAGCUGCAGGGUGGAUUUAAUUCUAGUAGCUGCAGUUUUGAUGGCCUUCUCAAUUCCAUAAUAAAAGUGGAGAAUGAUGAUGUGCCGUUCGCGGAUAACGACCUGGGGUGUGAACUUUUUCCACUUGGUGCCUGCAUAUGACAGCUGGGGAGUAUUAUUUAGGCUAGUCCUCCACAGACAAGAGGAGACUGUACAGUUAUGCUUAGGGGUAUUUAUCAGCUAGGCUUGUGUACACUGGAUAUUUCUGAAUUCUGAUAGCUAGCUAUGGAUUCAAUGGCUUGUACUAAUCUGUACUUUCUCCUAUAAAGUAGGUAUUGAAAGUGAUUAUGCUCAGAUCAUCACCAAGAAGCGAAAUAUAUUCCUGUAACCUCAGCCCCAUAUCUAACGAAACAUGUGCCAGAUUUC